AUGAGAGGCGUUCUAGUCUUCUCUGGGACCUCGCAUCCCACCCUGACUGAGGCCAUAUGUGAUAGACUAGGGACCCUACCGGCGCCGUGUGAGCUACGAAAAUUCAGCAAUGGCGAAACCAGCGUCAAUAUCGGGGCCUCUGUUCGGAAUCAGGAUGUUUAUAUCGUCCAGAGCGGAAGUAGGAAGAUCAAUGACAGCGUGAUGGAGCUGUUGAUCAUGAUAUCAGCCUGCAAGGGUGGUUCGGCGAAAUCCAUAACAGGUCUAUACUUCCCAUAUUCGCGGCAAUCAAAGAAGAAAAGCCAUAGAGGGGCGAUUACAGCUCGGAUGCUUGCCAAUCUACUUUCUGUCGCCGGAGUUGACCAUGUUGUCACUGUGGACCUACAUGCAUCCCAAAUGCAAGGUUUCUUCGGCAAGCCUGUCGAUAACCUCUUCGCGGAACCCUUGAUUGCUCGCUGGAUUCGGAUGAACGUCCCGCAAUGGAAUGAAGCAGUCGUCGUUACCAAAAACGCUGGUGGAAGUAAGAGGGUUACUUCUUUGGCUGAUGCCUUAAAACUCAACUUUGGCAUUGUUACUACUGAUAGGAGACGACAACGGCAAGCAAAAGUUGGAACAAUGACUGAUAGCGCCAUCUUCUUCGACUCUGUUGAGCAAGGCUUCACUACUAGCCACGACGGAGAACAGAAGUUUGACCGUACAUCGAAUACGAACAUCCGUCGCUCAAUUGCCAAUACAGCUACUGAAAGUGGUAUCCUCACACCUCGUAACAGUACCUCCGACACUUCUGCUAGCAACGCGGCACAAGAGUCAGAUUCAUAUAGAACACCACACCCAGAUAGCAUGCUAGGCCCCUCCACUCUCGCCGAUGGAUUCUCCUCCGAGUAUACCGAUGAGCGGGCACGCGAGGUUAUCACUGGCCGCUUGGUUCAAGGACAUCUUGUUGACGAUGAUUAUCCAUCCCCCGAAACAUCGCCUACUUCUGCGUCCGCUUCUAACAAUGGAGCUGAUGGAUAUGAAGGAUCCAUUCCUGACCCAAUGACCAUGUCUGCAAUAUCAAACCUGUCUAGCUACCAACCUGGCCAUGCGCUAGGUGGCUCUUUCGAUGCCGCCGCAUCCUCCGAUGAGGAAGACGGAUGUGUGCGGCGAUUCGGACAGGAGAGGAUGAUUACCCUUGUUGGCGAUGUCAAGGAUAAAACGGUCUUCAUCGUUGAUGAUAUGAUUGAUAGGGCAUCUAGCUGGAUUGCAGCUGCAGAAACGGUUGUUAAAAAGGGCGGUGCAAAAAAGGUGUACUGCAUUGCAACUCAUGGCAUCUUUGGAGACGAUUCCAUGGAGCAGAUGGAGAAUUGCCCCAGUAUCGAUUAUGUCGUCGUGACGAACUCGUUCCCUCUUCCAGUGGAAAAGGUGAAGCUCAUGAAAAAACUAGUUGUGCUCGAUCUUUCGGCUCUCUUAUCUGAAAGCAUCAGAAGGCAUCACAACGGAGAAAGUAUUUCUGCCCUCUUCCAGUUGCACGGCUAA